AAUAAAGUCAGUUGGAGCUCUAUCAUUACGAUGGCUACUCUCAAUCUUGCGUCUGAUGAGAUACUAGUUGGAGAAGGUCAUGAACAAGAAAAUACAUUUGCAAAAUGGAACAGAGUUCCUGUUUCAUCAUUGAAUCCACAAACUGAUAUAUUACUAUUUCAACAAAUAGAAAUUGAUCAUUAUAUAGGUAAACCUCUUCCUGGAAUGCCAGGUAGCAAAGUAGGACCUGUGCCGAUAAUGAGAAUGUUUGGCGUUACAGAACAAGGAAAUUCUGUCUGCUGUCAUGUUCAUGGAUUUUGUCCAUAUUUAUUUAUUUCAGCACCAUCUAAAUUUACAAAUCAUCACUGCAAACCAUUUAAAGUAUGUAAAUCCUUUUGUAUAUUAAUAU